GAUGAACCAGCAGCUUCAUUUCUGAGAUUCAUCUUUACCUACCUCCUCUUCCAUCAAAGAGUACUCUUAUCAAGAACAUUACUUAGCUAGUUAGCAUAAGUGGGCAUGAGAUGGAACUCAGAUCAGAUGUGGGGCUCAUCCCUUACAAAUGCUCUUAUCUGUUUUCCGUCUGUGAUGGAAUUGCUAUCUGGUUGAUAUCACAGGAAACUGACAAGAGUGUCUUCAGCUGUGGUUGCUGCACGGCCGAGCCCCCUUGAAUGAUUAAUUUUCUGCAAUGACUUCACUAUCUUGAAUAUGUGAAUUUGCUACAUACUCCUAAUACCCUGAACGGGUCUACACUCCUACAGACUACAGCUCACCAUUGACUUGUUACUAAUACUUAUUUUUUUCGUUGCUAAUCAAUAACUAUACUUUAAGUUGACAUCAGUUCCUGUCAAAAAAAAAAAGAAAAAAAAAAAAGAAAAAAAGUUAUGUAAUAGAUCAACCUAAGGAGGGGUAGUAUAGGUAUUCUACUAAUAUUAGCUCACUAGGUUAAUUGUCCUUGGUAUAAAUAGAGAGGGAAGGGAAGGAAAUAGGUAGGCAGAAUUUGGACUAAUUCCUUAGGAGAGUUGUGACCUUAAGUCACUAUUAGGAGAGUUGUGACCUCAAGUCACUAAUAGGAGCUUUGUAGGCUAAACCUACUACUACCAUUUGUAAGAAACCCUUAAUCUUUAAUCAAAUUUCUGAACCUUCUCCUUUAUUAUUAGCGUGAAUAUUAACAGUCUAUUACAUGACAUCAGUUGCCUCCGACUAAGAACUAACUCUUUGACCAGGCUCUCAUUUUUCUGCAGAAGGAUUCAUGCUAGCAUAUCAAUGUCAAUACUUCUAUUUUAGAUGUGUUGUUUGAGUCUUUCUCUGAAGUAUCAACCCACCUGCUUCGCAAACCGUACAAACCUAAGAGCCUGUCAUUCCUAGGUGAUCUAAUUGUCGGGAUAGCUAGAAUGACCAACGAAAAGAGCAAAGGAGAUUCAUCAAACCAUAGAGAUGUAUGUGGCCACUUAGGAUUUCGGGCAAUCAUUUAUGACCCAGCUCCAAAAUUUAUCGAAGGCAGUUCCUGGGCAGACACCGAGAAGAGGUUCAAUGAGUAUGCUGUGGAUGGCAAGCUCUUCAAAGAUAAAUUUUGUCUUAUCAUAGAAAUGAGUGAUUCAGAAGAAUUUGCUGGAGAAUUGUAUGAUACGAUGGCAAGAAGAAUGAAUGUAGAUACUUCAAAAGGGAUAACACUUGAUGAAAUGAGAAUGUUUUGGAAAAAUUUAUCUACUAAAAAUCUUAAUACCCGCUUGCAGAUUUUUUCUGACAUGUGUGACAAGAACGGAGAUGGGAAGUUAUCAAAAGAUGAGUUUUGUCAGGCAAUAGUGUUAAGUGCCUCGACUAAUCAAUUCGAUAAAGUUAAGUCACAAGCAGAAAGCUAUGCUGCUUUGAUCAUGGAAGAGCUGGACUUUGAUCACCGAGGAUAUAUAGAGUUGUGGCAACUUGAAGCAUUUUUAGUGAAAAUGUGGACUUCACCUGGUCACGGAAUCCUUGAGCAUCACGAAUGGAGCGAAAGGCUUCCUCCACCAAGAUGUCCAACAAUUUAUCUCAAUCCAAGCAUCAAAGGCCUAUGGGGCGCUCCAGAGAAGCGUUACAAAAAGUAUGACACUCUCUUACUAAUUGGAAUCGACGGUGGAGCAACUUUUUUCAAUAGUAUCCUCAAGGAUCUCUUAAAUGACUUACAGGAAAGCAGCACACAGGAUGUUAAGAUUAGAAAGAGGCCUCAGAAGGCAUACUCAUAUUGGAUUACAAGUGAACAAGGCUCCUUUACUAAUUUGUUCAAGGAUGUAGUGGAUGAUAUUGCGCAAUAUUGUGAAAAGUUUGAAGCUUUAUUUCAUUUUUCCUGUAAAAACAGAGAAUUUGGGAUUUGUUUGACGGCGCAGCCACAAUAAUCACCUGGGGUCCUCACC